AGGAUUGUGGGAGGAGGUUGUCUCCAAUUUCUCCUCCCCCGCCCCCCCCCCCGUCCCAGCCAAGAUGUCUGACAUGGAGGAUGAUUUCAUGUGCGAUGAUGAGGAGGACUACGACCUGGAAUACUCUGAAGAUAGUAACUCUGAGCCAAAUGUGGAUUUGGAAAAUCAGUACUAUAAUUCCAAAGCAUUAAAAGAAGACGACCCAAAAGCAGCAUUAAGCAGUUUCCAAAAGGUUUUGGAACUUGAAGGUGAAAAAGGAGAAUGGGGAUUUAAAGCACUGAAACAAAUGAUUAAGAUUAACUUCAAGUUGACAAACUUUCCAGAAAUGAUGAACAGAUAUAAACAACUAUUGACCUAUAUUCGGAGUGCGGUCACAAGAAAUUAUUCUGAAAAAUCCAUUAAUUCUAUUCUUGAUUAUAUCUCCACUUCUAAGCAGAAUUCUGAUUUUUUAUGUCAGAUGGAUUUACUGCAGGAAUUCUAUGAAACAACACUGGAAGCUUUGAAAGAUGCUAAGAAUGACAGACUGUGGUUUAAGACAAAUACAAAGCUGGGGAAAUUAUAUUUAGAACGAGAGGAAUAUGGAAAGCUUCAAAAAAUUUUACGCCAGUUACAUCAGUCCUGCCAGACUGAUGAUGGAGAAGAUGACCUGAAAAAAGGCACACAGUUAUUAGAAAUAUAUGCUUUGGAAAUUCAAAUGUACACGGCACAGAAAAAUAACAAAAAACUUAAAGCACUCUAUGAACAGUCACUUCACAUCAAGUCUGCCAUCCCUCAUCCACUGAUCAUGGGAGUCAUCAGAGAAUGUGGUGGUAAAAUGCACUUGAGAGAAGGUGAAUUUGAAAAGGCACACACUGAUUUUUUUGAAGCCUUCAAGAAUUAUGAUGAAUCGGGAAGUCCAAGACGAACCACUUGCUUAAAAUAUUUGGUCUUAGCAAAUAUGCUAAUGAAAUCGGGAAUAAAUCCAUUUGACUCACAGGAGGCCAAACCUUACAAAAAUGAUCCAGAAAUUCUAGCAAUGACGAAUUUAGUAAGUGCCUAUCAGAAUAAUGACAUCACUGAAUUUGAAAAGAUUCUAAAAACAAAUCACAGCAACAUCAUGGAUGAUCCUUUCAUAAGGGAACACAUUGAAGAGCUUUUGCGAAACAUCAGAACACAAGUGCUUAUAAAAUUAAUUAAGCCUUACACAAGAAUACAUAUUCCUUUUAUUUCUAAGGAGUUAAACAUAGAUGUAGCUGAUGUGGAGAGCUUGCUGGUGCAGUGCAUAUUGGAUAACACUAUUCAUGGCCGAAUUGAUCAAGUCAACCAACUCCUUGAAUUGGAUCAUCAGAAGAGGGGUGGUGCCCGAUAUACUGCACUAGAUAAAUGGACCAACCAACUAAAUUCUCUCAACCAGGCUGUAGUCAGUAAACUGGCUUAACAGAGAACAAGCUUUUACAGACAUACUUAAGUGCAGAGAUGUAACCCUUAAAAGAACUGGGAAUGGCAAAACUACUGUCGGUUGAUGUGUCCCGAAAAUUAUUGGAGUUAUGGCAGAAGUGCUUUUUUUGAUCAACUGGUUUGUGUUUUGCUGCUGCAUUUAUCCCAAGAAAAACAGCUUUAAUCUCCAGAAGAAAACCAAAAUGCCGUGGGAUUUAUGCUGUAUUGACAUCUUGCCCUAAAACAUACAACAUCAUAGUAAUUUGUCAUGGGCAACAUGACCAGAGAGAAGAUUUUUGUCAUGAUUUUAAAUACACUGACACGCUACUGUUGGUUAAAUUUAAACAUGUUUUACCUGCAGAAAUUCUCUCACAAAUAACCUGCAAUAACUUGAAAUGCAUACCCUUUUGAACACUUCCUUUUCUCAUGUAUAAAUUAAAAUGUUUGCUGCAUUUUGCAAAAUGUCAGUUCUCCAAAAAUGUGUCCGUAUAUUUCUGUACCUGCAGUGUAGUAAAGGUUUAGAUGAAACCCCAUAAUUAUAGUGGCAUACUGUCACUUAGGUUUCAAGCAGCAAAAUAAACAGUGCAGCUCAGAAAUUGUAGUUUGGUUCUUGAUGCGUUUUUAUUACAUGUGGGGUUUUGUUUUGUUUUUUAGUACCUUAGAAAUGUCAAAUUAUUUUUCUUCAGUUAAUGUUAAAAAGCCUGGGAGCAAAUAAGUCAGUUAUUUGCUUUCAAGUUUUUAAGGAGAAUUAGUUUCUAACAAAACAUUUGCAUAGUACUUAACUUUGAAAGUGAUACUUUAAAGGAAUAAAAUCCUUUUUUUUUUUUAAGAAUGAUACUCCUUUUUAAACGAUUCUAACUCUCAGAAUGUUCACUUUAAACAAAUACGCCAGAAUAUAGACAGCUAAAUGAAUGUUACCCUGCAUCGUGAUCAUGCUGGAAAAUUGUUUCCUAAUUCCAGCAAUCUACCGUUGCUCAAAACCUUUUGGGUUUUGCUCUUUUACAAUUGCAUUCAGAGCUAAUUUAAGUCACACACACUAUUAACUUUAAGAUUGCAUAUUGUUAAAAAAAAAAAAAAAAAGUAUUAC